AUGGAAAACAGAUUGAGAAAUCGAUCGGAACUGUAUUCGCAGUAUAACGAAUUUCUAGCGGAAUACGAGUCCCUCGGACAUAUGACUAGCGUCGACGAGUCGGAAAAAACCGAGUAUUUGCCCGUUUACAUUCCGCACCACCCCGUGAUUCGGGAAGAUAGUUGCACGACUAAAUUACGGGUCGUUUUCAACGCGUCGUGCCGAACUAGGAAUGGCACGUCGUUGAAUGACUUUUUAUUAAUAGGGCCCAAAUUACAGCAAAAUCUACCUGCCGUGUUAUCGCGAUGGCGACGGUGGAGCUUCGUCUGUACGGCCGACAUCGCCAAGAUGUUUCGGCAAAUUCAAAUUCAUGAGCAAGAUUCAGACUACCAAAGAAUUCUUUGGCGUCUUCAAGCGGAAGCGCCCGUUCGACAUUUUCGCUUGUUAACGGUCACUUACGGUCUCGCUCCCGCUUCGUAUCUCGCGAUGCGCGUAUUGAAACAGCUCGCCCUUGACGAGGGAGAAAAGUUCAAGGCCGCGGUUCCUAUCCUAGGAGAGUCUAUUUAUGUAGACGACGCCCUGUUUGGCGCGGAUGAUAUAAAAUCUUUAAAAAAUACUCGCGUUCAAUUGAUGCAGUUAAUGGAAAAGGGGGGAUUUCAAUUAAGGAAAUGGGCAUCAAAUUUGAUCGAACUUCUCAAGGAUUUCUCUGUUGACCAAUCGGAAGUAACCGAUCAUCUAAUCCUGACGGAAGAUUCACUUAAAGUUCUCGGCCUGUCAUGGAUGCCUAACGAAGACUUGUUUCGCUUGGUCGUGAACUCGACCACCCCCAGCGUUCCUACCAAACGCUCAAUUCUUUUAUUUAUCGCGAGGCUUUACGACCCUCUCGGAUGGGCCGCUCCCGUCGUGAUCGUGGCAAAAAUAAUACUUCAAGAGCUGUGGUUGUUACAUUGCGAAUGGGACUCUCUCAUCUCCGAUGAGUUAAAGUCCCGUUGGAAUUAUUUUGUAUCAGAAUUUCACAAAUUAGAAAUGAUCAAAAUUCCACGGUGGACUGGUCAAGGUCCACAAACUCUCGCGCUAGAGAUACACGGUUUCGCUGACGCGUCAAAUCGAGCUUAUGCCGCCGUCGUAUAUCUUCGCGUCUAUCAUUCGCUUUCAGACUUCGCAAUAAAUUUAAUCGCAGCAAAAACAAAGGUCGCGCCCGUGAAAACCGUGAGCAUCCCGCGUCUAGAGUUAAACGCGGUAGUGUUAUUGAGUCGCCUCGUAAAGUGGACUGUUAAUUCGUUGCAGUUAGUUGGAACUCCGAUCCAUUGUUGGACGGAUUCCACGAUAGCUCUGGCGUGGUUGCGCCAGCACCCAUCAAAGUGGAACACAUACGUGGCCAACCGCGUGGCUGAAAUACAGAACAAUUUGCCAUCUACUCGGUGGAGUCACGUACCAUCGGCAGAGAACCCGGCGGAUUGUGCGUCGCGCGGGCUAUCCGCGUCUGAGUUAGUGUCACAUUCGCUAUGGUGGACGGGACCACCAUGGCUUCGGCAACCUUCAACGGCUUGGCCGAUUCAGGAUAUGACGAAUACUAGACUCACUAAUGAACUACAGCAAGUUUCAGCUGAACUGCGAAAAACCAAAGUUCUUCACAUUGAAGGUGAAGAAGAGUGGGAUCUACUUUACAAAUUUUCAAGUUGGACGAAGCUCGUCCGAGUGACGGCUUACGUCCACAGGUUUCUCGCCUUACUGCGGAAGGAAAAGGUUCGUAAAUUUAACAAAAAUUCGACACUGAGCGUCGACGAGCUUAAACGGGCCGAGCAAUUCUGGCUGUCUUAUGUCCAGCGGAGAGCUUUCAAGGUCGAAUUCAAAACUUUGCAAAAGACUGCCACGAUUUCAAAAAGGAGUUCCUUCCGAACUUUUGCUCCAUUCUUAGGAGAAGAUUCGGUACUCCGGCUUGGCGGGCGGUUGCGACACUCCGCUCUUAGCUACGAUGAGCAACAUCCCGUAAUCGUGCCGCGCGGACAACUCGCUUACCUUCUAAUCGCUCAAGCUCAUAAGAGUACACUCCACGGUGGAGUUCAAAUCGGAGACCUCCCGUCUCCACGCGUCAAUCCGUCUUCUCCAUUUGCUCAUACGGGGGUGGAUUAUACUGGUCCUUUCUUAGUCACGCCGUUCGUUGGCAGAGGCCAAAAAACCAGAAAAAAUUAUAUAGCUUUGUUCAUCUGCCUCGUCACGAAAGCAAUCCACGUAGAGCUAGUCGAAGACUACUCUAGCGCUGGGUUCCUCGCCUCCUUUCGGCGAUUUGUGAGCCGAAGGGGCUUGCCGUCCAAGCUAUAUAGCGAUAAUGGAACGAACUUCCACGGGGCUGACAAGGAAUUGAACGACGCGUUCAGCGCCUUGAUGAAGGAUUCGUCACUGCACGACAUCCUUGCAAAUGACAAAAUUGAAUGGAACUUCAUUCCGUCUGCGGCUCCUCACUUCGGUGGGCUAUGGGAGGCGGGAAUCAAAAGUCUCAAGUCGCACUUAAAACGAGUCGCCGGUUCACGAACUCUGUCACAGGCCGAAUUCGCGACGUUAUUAUGCCAAAUCGAGGCGUGCUUAAAUUCUCGUCCGAUCGCGGCAUUAAGCGACGAUCCGAGUGACCUAUCGGCACUCACUCCGGGUCAUUUCCUGAUCGGGCGCCCCAUAAUUGCGAUACCGGAGGAGUCAGUGCUCGAAAGUAAUGCGAAUCGACUCUCGCGAUGGCAGAUGGUCCAUUCUUUAGUCGAACAGAUUUGGCGCUCGUGGUCGCAAGACUACUUGCACUCUCUGCAGCAGCGGCGUAAGUGGUCGGAAAAAACGUCUUGUUUUCGCAUAGGAGAACUCGCCUUGUUGAAGAAUCCCUUGCUCCCUCCGAGCAAGUGGAACCUAGCGCGAGUCACGCAGAUUCAUCCCGGCUCAGAUGGACUCGUGCGAGUAGUUACGGUGAGAACUGCGAGCUCGAUCCUGAAACGACCAAUUACGCUACUGUGCCGGCUGCCAAUCAAUAGCAAUAUUUGA